GCCCCACGUUCAUCAAUUGCUCACUGCAUCAUCAUCACCAUGAGUCUGAAGCGCAAGGCCACCGACGCUGCCGCUGAUGCCGCAAAGAAGACCAAACCCAACGCGAGCAUUACCUCGUUCUUUGGUGCUCCCAAGCCCAAACCAAACGCGACCGUUGCCGCCUUCGAUAAGGAAGCCUGGGUGGCGAAACUGACCGACGAGCAGAAGGAGCUGCUGCAAUUGGAGAUUGAGAAUCUGCAUGAGAGCUGGCUGCCUCACUUGAAGGAUGUCCUGGUCUCGCCGACCUUCCUGCAGCUGAAGCGAUUCCUCAAGCAGGAGAUUGCAAGCGGGAAGACGAUUUACCCGCCUAUGAAGGACGUGUACUCGUGGUCCAGACACACGCCUCUCAACACCGUCAAGGCAGUCAUCACAGGCCAGGAUCCCUACCACAACCCCAACCAAGCCCACGGGCUCUGCUUCUCCGUCCGCCCACCAACCCCCGCCCCACCCUCCCUGCAGAACAUCUACAAAGCGCUCAAGAAAGACUACCCGACCUUUGAGUCACCACCCAACAAGGGCGGUCUGCUGACCCCGUGGGCCGACCGCGGCGUGCUCAUGAUCAACACGUGUCUGACGGUGCGCCGCAACGACGCAAACUCGCACUCGGGCAAAGGCUGGGAACUCCUGACGCAGAAGGUCAUUGACACCGUGGCCAAAGUGCGCACCAACGGCGUCGUGUUCCUGGCUUGGGGGAACCCCGCGCAACAGCGGGUCAAGAGCAUCAAUGCCGAGAAGCAUUUGAUCCUCAAGAGCGUGCAUCCGAGCCCGCUUAGUGCGGCUAGGGGCUUCUUCGACUGCGGACACUUCAAAAAGGCGAAUGAGUGGUUGGUGCUGCGGUAUGGCGAGGGUGCCGAGAUUGAUUGGAAUCUCAACGUCGACCCGGAGAAGGCGGGCGUAUAG